UUUUUUUCAGUUGUUUAACUUUUGAAAUGUGAUAAAUGUCAAACCUACGCCUUUCUUUUUAAUGAUAUUAAAAAGUAACAAUUACAUCUGUCAAAUGUCGCCCUCUUAAGAAAAAUAGACAAAAAAACCCCUUAUUUUUAUUGUCCUUUCAAAUGUUUUUUUUUUUUUUUUUCAUCUCAUUCAUCAUCAUCUAAAUCGUACAGUAAUAAACUUAGCUGCCGCUUUAAAAGUGAUGAGGAGGCUUCAUACAGAGGAACAGUCCACUUGCGCUUGUGGGGAAGAUUCUUCAGUUUAUGUGACGAUGUCAGGGUUUCGAAGAAGACGGAGUUUUAGUAAAAGUUCUGGGAAUAUAUUCACGCUUGUUUGUAUCAGAUGUGUAAUGCUGCAAGUUAAAAACAAUGAAAGUACUGUAAAAGUUGGCCACAGAAACGCAUCCGCCCCGUCGAAACCAUUCUAUUUAUAGCAGCAGCAGUUGCGCUGUGAAGACUGUUACACUGUAAUUUCAUAAGGGCGGAGGAAAAUGUCUUAAUGUUUCAUUUAAACUGAAGGGAAGACACUGUGUUUACUAAGAGCCUGUUGAUUUUUCUAAACUCAAAUAUACAGGGAUGUCGAAGAGGACUCGGGAUUUUUGCACACUUGGUAAAUCAACAAACACAUCAAUGGUAAGUUUCCUGCCAGUUUGAUGAUGGCUUUUGAUGUUCAUUGUCAUUUAUCAGUACUCAGAAUCACAAUCAUACGUGUAAUUUCAGAUAUAAACCUUUAAUGGAUGUCAGUUUAUACCCUUCGGAUUCAGUUUGCCAUUGUUUGUAAUCAUCACAAGUGUUUAUUAAACGAGAUAACGUAACUGAAUUGACUGUCUGACUGAUCUAACGGAAUACGUCAUUACGCCGCGUUAAAAGUGACGUCAUCGCCGAUGGCGAGAAGGGCGCAGGAAUCUUCUGAGUAAUAGAGCGUUUAUAAAGAGAAAACUAAAUACAGCUUUACAGCUGAGUGGAAAGGAUAUAAUGAUACAUUUAGAAAAUAAAUGAUACAAUUUGUAAUAACAUUAGAGAAGUUUAAUGGUCUGGCUCCAAACCAUUUUUUAAUAAGACUUUAAACAGUAUUAUAAACAAUACUGUUCUGUGUAAAGCUUAAAGGGCAAUUAUAGCAUCUAAAAUUGUUUAUAAAUAUUAAAGGCAUAUGUGAAAUCAUGCUUUAGUAAAUCAUAAUUGAAAAACAAAAAGUUAUAAUUAUUAGAUAGUAAGUCACAAUGACAUAAAAAAGUCAAAAUUGACAUAAGUCAUAAUUAUGACAAAAAAAAUAAUAAUGACAAAAAUGUUUAUUCCAGUGUCUUGUUUUUAUGUCUUAAUUCUGACUUUUUAUAGAUUUAUCUGAAUGUGAAAAGAUCAAAACUUGGUCAAAACUUUACUUGUGGUUAUAACCCUGUGAUUAUUUCUCAGUUUUAUUUAUUCUGUUAUAAUAGUAAAGUUAUAAUUCACGGUGAUAAGUUAUUACGUGAAUAAGAUAAAAAUUUUGUCAAAACACUGAAAGAAAAAAAGUCAUAAAGAACAACAUGAGGGAAUAAAUGACCAUUUUCAUUUUUGGAUGAACUCCGUAUAUUGCCUGCAGCUACAGUACAUGACUGGAGAUCUUAAGAGGACAGUUUGAGGUCUUUCUCAUGUUUGUUCGAGAGGUGUCUCAUAGUUCCCUUAUGAAAGCAAGAACAUUGAAAUAUCCAGGCCCGGUUAACUUAGGAAGGAAGUUUAGCCUACUCCUUCCUCACAUUGUGGGCCACAGGAAGGGAUGGCCGUCACCCACUGACAGACUUUUCCUCCUGUAAAGCACACAUUGCCCUGCUCACGGACUGGGCAAACACUUCUUUAUUAAACUCUUCAAACCCUUAGAGUUCUUCAAACCCUUCACUCUGCUAGAGUUGUCUUUUUAGGUGUAGCUGUUAUCAUGGCAACCAGUGCGGUCCCUAGCGACAACCUUCCAACAUACAAAUUGGUGGUUGUGGGAGAUGGAGGCGUGGGAAAGAGUGCUCUUACCAUCCAGUUUUUCCAAAAGAUUUUUGUGCCAGAUUAUGAUCCUACUAUUGAAGACUCCUACUUGAAACACACAGAGAUCGAUGGCCAGUGGGCUAUUUUGGAUGUUUUAGACACAGCAGGUCAAGAGGAAUUCAGCGCCAUGCGAGAGCAGUACAUGAGGACUGGUGAUGGUUUCCUCAUUGUGUUCUCUGUGACGGACAAGGCCAGUUUUGAACACGUCGAUCGGUUUCACCAGCUCAUCCUACGAGUGAAAGAUAGGGAAUCUUUCCCCAUGGUUUUGGUGGCUAACAAAGUGGACCUAGUGCAUCUGAGGAAAGUGACAAAUGAACAGGGCUGUGAGAUGGCCGCCAAACACAAUAUUACUUACAUUGAAACAAGUGCCAAGGAUCCUCCAAUGAAUGUGGACAGAGCCUUUCAUGAACUAGUCCGAGUUAUCAGACAGCAAGUUCCAGAGUGGAGUCUGAAAAAGAAGAAAAAGACAAAGUGGCGUGGAGACAGAGCCAUGAGUUCUUCUCACAAGCGUCACUGUGUGAUAUUGUGACUACCUCUUUUGUUGAAAUCAUCAGCGUUUGGCAACAUAAACUGCCGGAGAGGACUGACUAGAAAUCUGCACUAAUCAGAGGACCACAGACUUUAUCAAAAAAACUGGCAUGUAGUCAGACUAUCUCUUCCUGUCUCAGGGAAGUAUAUUAGGUGAAUCGAGGGAUCACUGCUGCCAGACCGAGGAGAAGCAAUCAGUACAACGCUUGUGAAUUGAAGCACUGCCUGAAACAACAAAAAUCAUAGCUAAUCAGAAUAUGAUUGAUGUUUAAUAUACUAUGUGAGGCUAAAUUUUAGACCAAUGAGAUUGUAAUGUGGGUGGAGCUACCCAGAAAGAUGCAUCAAAUCCUAAACCAUACACCACAGUCAUUUACGUACCUACUGUACAUCAAAAUUGUGUGCAGCUUCCAAAAGUUCAUGUAAUUAUGUGGAUGAUUGUUUUGCAGAGCUAUCUGAACAUUUUCAAUAGUUACCACAAUUAUGAAGGGAUUUUGUUGUUUAACCUUCCAGAAAGACUGCGUAAAAUCUGCAUAUUUAUUGGCAUGUUUGAAGGAAUCUGUAGUGUUUGAUACAUCAUCAAAAUGGCCUUUACUGUUAAGCACAAAUAAUACUGAUAUGAUUGAAGGGCUAAUUGCACUAGCAAAACUUUUUGCACUUUCAAUAUUUACUCAUGGGCUUUUGCUGUUUAACAUGUUGUUUAAAAUUGCCUUAUAAUGUUAAAGGCUCAUGUUUUGAAUUUUGUUGCACACUUACAGAUGCUCUGUCUAUCAAUGAAAUAGGUCCUGAGAAAUCACAUGUACAGUGUUAGCUCUGUGAAUAGUAAAAAAAAAAAAAAAAGUGAUUUUUUUUUAUUACAACCAC